AUGAAGGAUAUCAUGGGUGGAUCCAAAGCAUCAAAUAAAAUAUUUGGAGGUAAGGUAAUAGUCUUUGGCGGUGAUUUCAGGCAAAUUCUUCCAGUUAUUCCAAGAGGCAGCCGCUCGGAUAUAGUUCAUGCUACAAUAAAUUCAUCAUACAUAUGGGAUCACUGCAAGGUUUUGAAACUCACAAAGAAUAUGCGACUACAGCAGUCGGCAAAAUCCACCAGUUCUGCAGAGUUAAGACAUUUCUCAGAUUGGAUUUUAACUGUUGGAGAUGGGAAGAUAUCAGAACCAAAUGAUGGUUACGCAGAGAUCGACGUUCCUAAAGAUCUGUUGAUCUCUGAUUUUGAUGAUCCCCUCAAGGCAAUAUUUGAAAACACCUAUCCAAAUUUUGCCGUUAACUACAAUAAUGUGGAUUUUCUACAGUCAAGGGCAAUAUUAGCUGGAACCAUAGAGACUGUUGAUCAAAUCAAUCAGUAUAUUUUAGAAUUUGUUCCCGGUCAAGAGAAAGAGUAUUUAAGCUCGGAUUCAGUUGAUACAACAGACGGUGACGGCAAUGAAUCUUUUGAUGUUUUAACUCCAGAAUUUUUGAAUGCCUUGCAAACUUCCGGUGUCCCCAAUCAUAAAAUCAAAUUGAAGAUCGGUACACCAAUAAUGCUGCUCAGGAAUAUUGACCAAGCAGAAGGGCUUUGCAAUGGAACACGUCUCAUUGUUACCAAACUAGCCGAUCAUGUUAUAGAAGCAAAAAUUAUUUCUGGAAAGAACAUUGGUGGUAUUGUAUACAUUGCACGAAUGGAUAUAACUCCGACUCAAUCACCAUGGCCCUUCCGAAUGACCAGAAGACAGUUUCCUAUAAUGCUGGUAACAAUAACAUGGAACAAUGAUUGA